GCAGCCGCUUUGAGCACCCCGUCUUCUCGCAGGAUCAUGCCGCCGUCAUUACAUACCUGGACGACAAGGUAGGUGACCUUCUGGCACGGCUGAAAGCCUUAAAGGUCGACAAAAACACCUUGGUCUUCUUUGCGUCUGACAAUGGAGCGCACUCGGAAGGAGGUCAUGACCAUCGGUUCUUUGAUUCCACAGGUGGUUUGCGAGGCUACAAGAGGAGUAUGUUCGAAGGCGGCGUGCGUUCCCCAACCAUGGUACGCUGGCCAGAUGGCAUCCCUGCUGGUCGUGUAUCAGAUUUUUCGUGGGCCUUUUGGGACGUGUUGCCCACAAUCGCAGAGAUUGCCGGGGCAAGCGUUCCCAAUGGCCUGGACGGGAUCAGCAUCGUGCCCGAGCUGAAGGGUUCGUUUCAGAAGGAGCACGACUAUCUGUACUUCACAUGGAUUGGCGAGGGUGGCAAGGGCACUGGAAGUGGCAGUGAUUUGAAGCAGGAGCCGGGCUACACAAUUCGUCAAGGUUGCUGGAAAGGUGUAGUGCCACAUUGCGAUGCCGCGUUAUUGCAGCCGAGGCUCGCAGACGAGAUGCACCUCUUCGACCUCUGCGAGGAUCCCUUUGAGAAGACAGACAUUGCGGCAGUGAAGCCAAGCAUUGUUCUGCAGCUUAAACAGCUAGCGGUUUCAAAGAACUUGUCCUGCAUGUGCUACCAGUGCGGUUUCCACAAGACCUCGGCCGAAAUUCUCGUGUGA